AUGAGGAUCUCUCGCAAACAAGUAAGUUUUGUAAUGCUUGUGUUACAAAACACAGCGUUAUCGAUCGUAUCCAAGUAUUCGCGUGCCACGACUGGACCCAAGUACCGACCAGGUUUUGUAGUGUUACUAGUGGAGAUACUUAAAUUCGUCCUGUGCUGUCUUGUGCUUCUUAAGUUUAAGCAUGGAAACGUGAAGGCAUCCAUUCGUACAUUGCAAAUUGAAGUAUUUGCGGACAAAAAAGGACUCUCAAAAAUGAUAGUGCUUGCCUUCCUCUACGCGCUGCAAAAUAUGUUUGCACUUGUGGCUUACGAUUACGUGGAUGUAGCCACGUACCAAAUUGUUUACCAGCUCAAGAUCAUUACUACCGCCAUGUUUAUGAGUGUGAUAUUGCAUCGUCAUUUUAGUAUCGUCCAGUGGUAUGCCAUGCUGGCACUUAUGGCUGGUGUAGCUAUCUGUUCCUACUCGAGGCUACCGAGCGGAUCGAAUCACACGGUUGAAGCAAGCAGCAGUAAGAGAUUCGUUGGUAUUUGCAUUAUGAUUGGACUGGCAAUCAAUUCGGGACUUGCAGCAGCCUAUUUUGAACGCGUCAUGAAGGCGCACAAGCCUGUCACGACUCAACAGACGUUGGAUCCGCUUUGGACACGAAACUUGCAGUUGUCUGCCGUCUCAGUGGGUGUCGCUGCUUUGGAUCUCGUGCGCAAUAUGGGCGAAGUGUGGACGCAUGGGCUUUUCUACGGCUUCCACCCGGCAGUCUUUGCAGUCAUCUUCCUCCAGGCUGUCGGUGGACUUACAAUCGCCGCUGUCGUGCGCUAUUCGGACAACAUUGUCAAGAACUUUGGCACGUCCUUCUCGCUUAUCUUCUCGUGCGUCAUCUCCAACUACAUGUUUAACCAGACAGCCACGCUCUCCUUCUAUUUCGGAGUACUGAUGGUGGUAAGCUCAGUCUUCGUAUACGGUGACAGCAGGUUUGCAAUCAAACCCGUCGCCAAGAAGCAAUGUCAAUCCACAUCAGAGGACUACGCGCAAGAAGUUGCCAUCGACACGAAGAGUUCGCAGAUAAUGCACGCAGGUGGCCGGCAUUUUGUCGGUGAAAACGUUUAA